GGAGUAUUAUUUACAACAUAUUAAGUUAUUAAUUGGUGUUUAAUAAGUUUCGUUUCGAAAACUGUGCUCAUAUGACUUCAUGUAUAAUAUUUUUACUUACAAUUUAUUGAAUUUGGUUCGUUAACACUACGAGUCAAUUAAUAAUUAUCUUUUUGUGCGAUAAAGUUGUGGCUAUCUAUCCAAGGUGCUGCUGAAACACAUUUACGUCUUUAAUUUUCAAAUUAUUUCCGUGCUACCGAACAUUUACCGAACGACUUAUAUUCACGUAAAUGCACAGAAAAGUAAAAAACUAAAUAUAAAGCAAUUUUUGAUAUCUGUCAACGUUUAAGUGUUAUUAAAAAAACUUACAUGCCAUCCCAGCAGUCAACGUUAUAAAUAGGUGAGUGAACUAUUAUUGAGACUCGUAAUUCUGUGUUAAUACUGCAAAACGUUCGAAAAUGGUGCAAAACCUUGUAUGUUCCAUUUCAACUACACAUCCGAGUAAUAUAAGCAUUAGCGGUAGUCUCACUGCAAUGAACGCUCCAACUUCAUCUUCACGUCUAGAAGCUAUCACCUUCCAGGAUAUACCGCUUUCGGCUUUGAGUAAGGGCUCUAGAAAGAAGCUCUCGUAUUUGAUGAAUUCAAAAAAAAUUUUACGAUCUGAAGAAGGCUACGAACGGGAUUGGCGAGGCCUUGCAUUUUUGGCUAAACAAAAGAGUUUGUUCGACGAAAGCAAUAUAAGCAACGAUGAUCCGAUGGAAAUUGUUCUUAAUCUGUGGUGCGCAAAUAGCCCCACAACCGCAACUUUCGCCCAUUUGGAAAAAUAUUUGGGCGUAAUCGACCGUUGGGAUGUUUGCGACGAUAUUUACGACAAUUUGGUUGAGGACACAAGAACAUUCCACAGAAAAAACCAGCAGAUUGAAUCAUCGCUUGACACUGGAGAGUUUUCUGGCGAAGUCGACGUUGAGUUCGGUUAUGGAACUGACCCAAAUAUUUUAACAACUGAUGACGUUAUAAGAGCAAAAAAAGGCUUGCCACUUCAAAGAUAUGAUGCCUUUGUUCUUUAUGCAGAUGCCGACUUAACUUAUGUGACUGAAAUGUUGACGAAAUUGGAGGAUAAUACGGAAUACAAUUUUAAGCUUUGCAUAAAAGAUCGUGAUCUUCUGGCAGGCGUUGCAUUUAAGCAUGUCGCCUUAACACAACUCAUCGAAGAACGCUGUAAAUACUUAAUUGUUAUUUUGACAAACGCUUUUCUUAGUAGUGCGGAAAAUAAAUUCUUUGUGGAUUUCACGCAGGCAUUGCAAAUAGAACAUAAAACACGAAAGAUUAUACCUCUACUGUAUGAGAGUUCUAUAGAUAUACCAAGAACUUUAAAUAUAUACACUCAUUUGCGGUACAGUACGAGUUCAGUGGGAUUUUGUGAUUAUUGGACGAAACUUGCAAAUUCAAUACGAAAUGUUAGUAAAGUAGAAUCUAUUUCAAGAACACCUGCCUUUGGGAGCGAUAUGCACAGCACUCCUGUAACUUACAGCCGGCAGAUGUUAACCGGAUCGCAUGUAAAGCAAUUGCCCUCAUCGCCAGUAGAAAUCCCCAGUAUAAGUCUCAAUGGUUGCGCCAUUUCCACAACUAAUAAUGACCAAAAUCCGAAGAAGGCCGAACAUGCCAAGCUUCGAGCUUUGACGAUGCGGCACAAUAAAAGUAAUAAUGCCUUGAGUGGGCCAUCAUCGGUAUUGCGAAACGCACACUCGACUGGCCAGUUAAACAUGGGCUACGAAGGCGGCAAUAGCGCAGUCAGUAUGUCUAAUAUAUCGGCAACUGGUGAGCAGAAAAGGAAAAGAAAAUGGUCCAAACUUUUAAACAAAGUGUUUUCACGCAGUAACUCCAAUCUGAAACAACAAACAUCUGAAUGACAAAAUUUAACUGGCACAUUGCCUCUUCCAUGCGAUUGCUACUUAAAAUCCUUUAAAACCAUUAGGUGAUAUUUUAUUGUAACCGCACAUAAUUUCUAAAAAUUUUUGAUGUCACAGUUUGCUCUUCAGUCUUGUAACCUACAUACUUUAUAACCGAAUUGCCACUCUAUACUCCAACUCGUGCUAAAAUACAAUACUAUUCAAAUCUACAUCUUUAAUUUGUCCAGUAUUCGUAUUAAGGUAAUGAAGUUGAAAUUAAAUAAAAUAAGGCUGUUGUAAAAUGAAA